ACUAAAAUGGUGUCACCCUUGAACCCAUUUCAACACACCAACGUAGGUGACCACAGAGGAGCAAAGUCCUAUAAAAAGGGAGAAGCUCACGCUACAUUUUAUCCAUCUCCCAGCAGGCACAAUCUCAUCCUUCUCCAGCUAGGUGGAAGAAACUACAAUGGCUCCUGGGACAACUUCAUCCAUGUUCCCAUCACUGCUGCUGCUGCUCUGUCUGAUGGCUAUAGUGAGGACAGGAAUAGCAUUCCCACAAAAUCCAGGAUGCCCAACUACCGAGGACAAGAAUUUUCCUCAGCAUGUGAAGGUCAACUUGAAUAUUCUUAACGGGAAUAAAAGUUCCAGAAGGCCCUUGGAUUACUACCGCCGAUCCACUUCACCAUGGAGCCUGCACCGGAAUGAGGACCCUGAGAGAUACCCUUCUGUGAUCUGGGAGGCCAAGUGCCUCCACUGGGGAUGUGUCAAUACUGAAGGGAAGGAAGACCACCACAUGAACUCCGUCCCCAUCCAGCAGGAGAUCUUGGUUCUGCGAAGGGAGUCUCGGCACUGUCCCCACUCCUUCCGGCUGGAGAAGAUGCUGGUGACUGUGGGCUGCACCUGUGUCACCCCCAUUGUUCGCCACGUGGUGUAAGAGUUUCCUGUCUAGCCCCAGCUCCCAGACUAGUUAGGCUUUCUGGGGAGUAGACCCAGCCCCAUUUCUGACCAAACUCAUGAGGGAAAUUUGCCGAAAGAGCAAAACUUAAACUAGUUCAUCCAUUGAAGUUUCAGAGGUAACACUUUUGUCCAGAGAUAGAAUCUGAACGAUCAUUCCCUCUCCCUAAAGAUGGGAGUUUUGACUGAGUAACAAUUUACUUUUUGUUUGCUUUUCUAAGGGCUUUAAGUUAUUUGUGUAUUUAAUAGACCCUGAGAUAACUUUGGGGUAGAAGAUUCCAUUUUAAUGAAUUACAUGCCUUAUUUUGUAUUUUAUUUAAGACAAGGUUUCAGACUUGGGAAUUUAUUAUUUAAAAGGUAAAACUUUUAUUUAUAUGAACUAUUUAUGGAUCUAUUUAUGUUUCUUAAAUCUUUAGAGAAAGGUGAAAUAGUGUGAUUACCUGUUCUGUCUAGGGAAAUCCUACAGAGAGUUAAAUGGCAUUUGAAAAAUUUCUGAUUUUGUACUACAUAUGGAUAUAGGAUUUUCUCCUCUUUGUGUCUUAGGAAUGCAUGAGAUGGCUGGAAAAAAAAAAAAACCCAAACCUAGUUUCAUAUUUAUUAACUUAAUUUUGUAAAUUAUUGAGGUUUCACAAGAGAGAUGGCAAAGUCUGACUCUGCUCUGCUAAACCCUUGUAAUAAAAUAUUUUUGUAAUAAAGUUUG